AUGGAGAACAGAAACAGCAAGGCAGCGAAUAGAGUGCUCUCGGGGACCCAAGUGCACACAACUGGAAUAUUUGCAGUGCUCUCCGUCUCUCCUGUCGACGGCGACGACGACUUUGACGUCGGCGGCGGCGAUGAUUCAGAAGUGGGCGAGGUGUUAACGUCUUCUGUCUCUCUUUCUUCCCGUGGGAUACGACAACACCUAAUUAGAGAAGCAGGUCGACAUUAUCCUCCUCGCACCUUUUUUGCUUGACGAAGAGGUGACUGCUUGUGAAAGUCCUGCAGAUCAAAAACGUCAAUCAAUAUUCAAUUUUUGACAGGUUCUCUAGUGAGAAACUAAGGAGGCAAACCAAAAUUCUUUCACUUUUGAGGCCACUAACACUACGCAAGUGAUAGGCAAUUAACGAAGAAUCAAAAAACUUCUUUCGCCGAAUUCCGCAACUUUUGGUUUUUGCUAUCCAUUGUUUCUUUGGAAAAAUUCAAAAAUAACAAUAAGUGUUAUCUGGAAGACUUAAUAGAAAACAAUAACUAUUUUGCUUCUUUGGGACUUGACAGAAAGUCAGAAGAAUUGACGAAAAAAUGACGAAGGACACGGCGACGUUAUCCCUGAACCUCGGCGUCCACCUCUUCUUCUUCCUCCUCCUCCUCUUCGACGGCCUCUCGUUUCUUGAAGGCCGAAUUGGCGAAACGACGACAUCUGGCCUUCUUUCCACUUCUUUCUCGACGUCGCCCGGGAAGAGAGACGGACGCCGUUCGCCUUCCCCGAAACAAACGUGUUAAGGUCGUCGGACGCCGAUAUUUCCUUGGGUUUCCCGAUUGUUUCUGUUGCUAAACGAGGGUUCUGCUGAGAGCAACAGAUAAACUCUCAGAUAAGCAGUCAACAAGCGAAGGCGUAGACAAAUUGAAGCAGGAGAAUGGCUCUGCAGAGAUAAUUGUUGGGUACGACAGCCGGAGGAGCGGCAGACAGGUGCUCCUCGCAUGUCAGCAAAGGUGGAGGCAGUUAGUUCCGAAAAAGGUCCAGUGGAAAUGGUUUGAGAAAUUGCGGCUUUCUGUUGAUGCUUUAAAAAAACCUUCUUUUUCGAAUUUGAACUAAAAAAAGGAAAAAUUUCAGAAUUCAGUAGUUGAAAAAUUGAAACCUCAAAAACUAACGGAAGGUAAACUGUUCAGAAAUCAAGAAAAUUCGGAAAAAAUGUUAUUUUCUCAAGCAUGCCAUAUGAAAAAAAAAUCGAUAUGGUUAACAUACCUGCAGUACAGAAGUGUCUACUUUGACAGAUAUCUUGUAACUCUGACCCCAAUUCCCCAAAAAACACCCUCCUUGUCGUUCCUAAGUCCGAAAAGCCAAAGUCUGCCUUAGUCCGGCAUCAAGCUAAUUAGAUGAAUUGAGACUUGAAAACGACGUCUUCAAAGGCGUCGGGCCAUCGUUAGGAAUCAAGAAACAGCCGCAGACGACGUUGGGGUCGGUAUGAAGGAAGGCAUCGGAGAGGUUGAGGGGACGAACGAUGCAAGUCUGCGAUAAGAGCGGCCGAAGACGACACAGAACAGAACGUCAGGCGAGGCCGCCGCCGCGACGAAGCAACCCAAAGCGAAAUUGCGCGGAGAAUCUGUCGGCGUCGUGACGUGGAAGCCUCGGCGACGAAGACGGACGAAGGAAAAAGAGGAGUGGAGAUUGAUAAAACGGCGAAGCGCCGGCCGAGUCGGUGCUGCUGUCAAAAUGCGGCGAGUCGGAGCAGAUAAGGUAAGAAUUCUGGCGAAUGAUAGCAGCCGUCAACGUAAUCAAGCGCGACGACGACGUCGAGCUACAGUAAAAAGUCAUUUCACAUUGAUUUUCUCGUUGAAGAAGUUGCGAUGAUAAGGUGGAGCUGAGACUUCGGUGAUCAGAAGAUUGAGUGUCAAACGUUUGAAUUAAAAUCUUUCGUUUGGAAGAAGUUGGAAAAAGUGGAUAGCCCUUUUGUCUCUAGUAUGAUUAUUUCAAAAUAACGCGAACAUGUCUUUAAAAAAUUGAGCUCGAACUGACUGGAAUCUGAGAUUCAAAGCCUAAGCAAGACUAGGAAAAUUUUUGCAAUUAAAAAUAAAAACUUUUUUUGAGCUUUUCAAGUUUUUUUUAAUGGAAUCUAUACAUUAAUUAUUAUAAAUUCAACUGAAAUCAUGUAUUUCAUUUUAAGCUUUGAAAAACCUCUGAAAAAAAUCCUAGAAAAAAACAAAAAAAUUUGAGAAAAAGUAAAAAAAGAAAGUAUCAGCUGAACUUGAAAUAAAAAGUACAGAUCUAUAUUCUAAAUUUAAUUUCAAAAUUGUUUUUUUCGCCUUCAAUACUUGAACACACAGCUUCAAAACGCAAAUCAUAGCUUUCGAAAUCAAAUGAAGUGACCAAAAAUUGAUCAGACCAAACAAAAAAAAAAUUGAAAACAUAAAUCUAUGAACUUACGAGAAAAAAAAACACUGUUGAAUGGAAGGAUGAGUUUUUACUGUCGAAUUUAAACUGAAUAAAGUGAGAGGGAAAUGAAAAAGGUAACAGAACCGCGAAGAGUCGAAGGAAGAGGUUUGCCGCCAAGAUUAUGUUAUUGAAAAGAGGAAUCGCGACGUCAUCAGAAGGGGCACAUACACAAGUGAGGUGAUAACGAGGGCGGCUCCGCACCUCGUUUCCUCUCCUUCUGAUAUUCACUUCCAACAGUUAUGACUACACGGGUUCCAUGCAUGUCCAACAGAAAUUAUGAAAAAAAACCUCCACUCGUAACCUGACGCUCCACAACGCCUCUUCUUCCUGGAAAUAAACAAAUUCAAAUUCAAUAUUGUACCCAAAAGACGAUAACCAAACGAAAAUGAACGCGUAAGGGGAAAUUAAAGCGAGCAAAUUCAAAUGAGGAGCCAGCAAAUGCAGAAGGAAGGGCAGAAGACGUGCGGCGACGAAUGGAAUCGACGCCAAGAAGCCUCGAGAGGCUUCGACGGCCAAACAUAUUCAUGACGGCCUACGUUCUCGCCGUCAAAAGAAUAGAGAAAGAAGCCAGAAAUGCUAUCCCGGUCGCCAAGUGA